CGUUAGGUGAUUCAGACUUAUGAACCCAACGAGUAACCUUUGUAAGCUACUGUAUUCCAGUUUGUGACAUCAUAUGAUUCCACAACCUCUAUUUAACAUAACUUUCUAGUGUUGCGGUAAUUUCUAAAGUACUACAUAUCGAUAUACACUUUCCAAUGGGUCGAUUGAAUAACAAAGUUAGCAUCGUCACCGGAUCUUCUUCAGGUCUCGGCCGUGCCAUUGCCCUUGAAUAUUCGAAAGAGGGCGCUUUUGUAGUAUGCGCCGACCUACGACCAAAUGCGCGACCCGAGAUACCAGAAGAAUCGGUAAUAAAUACUCAUGAUCUUAUCAACCAAACAAAGGGUCGUGCGAUAUUUGUGACCGUCGAUGUGGGAAUCGCAGAGCAGGUUGAAGCCUUAGUAAAAGCUGCGGUUUGGGAAUUCGGAAGAGUGGAUAUGUACCACAGUUCUACUCAAACACCCAUUCCUGAGCUAAUGUCUGCAUUCAGAUUGGUCAAUAAUGCGGGAGUUUCACUUGAAGCUGGUAAACCACCAGCUCGAAUCCACGAGACAAGCGAGGAUGUUUGGGACCUGACUAUGAAAGUCAACGCCAAAUCUGUAUUUCUUGGUUGUAAAUAUGCUAUCGCGCAGAUGUUACAGCAAGGACCACAUUCUUCAGGGGACAGAGGCUGGAUCAUCAAUAUGUCUUCGGUAUAUGGUUUGGUCGGUGGAACCUUCACAUGUAAGAUCCCUUGAAUUUAUCUUGGAGCAAGUUUUUGACGAAAUACACUUCAUUAGGCAGUUACGCAGCCUCCAAAGGCGCAGUAUCGAAUCUGACAAGGCAAAUUGCUGUGGACUAUGGAGAAGCGAAGAUCCACUGUAAUGCCAUUUGUCCGGGCUGUAUGUAAAACUCUGUCCCGGGAAUUUGCCUUGGAAGCUCAUUCUUCUCAAUCUAGACACCAAAACUGCGAUUUUUGUCAACACAAUAAACACUUCGGACAGUUCACACGCUCAUGAUACGCUUCAAGCACAACAUCCUCUGAAGGGGAUUGGACAGGUUGAGGAUAUUGUUGGAGCAGCAGUGUUUUUGGCAAGUCCAGAUGCGAGCUGGAUAACAGGUGUCUGUUUACCCGUCGAUGGUGGGUUUACUGCACGAUAAAUCAAUCAUCUAGCAGAAUCUUUCUCCUGCUCUCUGAACGGUCAUUUCGAUCUUAUGUUAUUUUCUCUAGAAAGAUCAACAAGACAACACACUAGGACCAGAGUUCAGAGAAUGGAUAUCGAUUGGGCUUCGGUCCUUUUUUGAAUCACGUGCCGACUCAAUACCAGAAACUACCUAUACUUGGC